AUGGAACGUUUAUCCCUCAAUGAAAGCCCUGCCAAUGCACAGCAACAGAGAAACACCCCGCAGAACACACUUGGUCCUUCCGCUCCAAUGACCCAGUCUGGUCCGCCACAACUCCCCCCACAGAUGUUCACCACUGCCGCACAGCUACUGGAUUUGACAGAUAAGAAACUCGUUCUUGUCCUGCGCGAUGGGAGAAAGUUGAUCGGCGUGCUGCGAAGCUGGGACCAGUUCGCAAAUCUUGUUCUUCAGGAUACCAUCGAGCGCAUCUAUGCCGGAAACCUGUACGCCGAUGUUCCGCGCGGAAUCUUCCUCGUGCGCGGAGAGAAUGUCUUGUUGCUGGGUGAAGUGGACCUUGACCGCGAGGAUGAUGUCCCUACUACGAUAACGAAGGCUCCGUUCGAGCAAGUAUUCGAGCUCAAGAAACAGGAGGAUGACAAGCGCAAGACUGGCGAUAAGAAGCGAUACACUGAGCUCUCGGCUCUUGGAUUUGAGCCUGAGCACAGCGGCGAGAUUUUGUUCUAA